AUGAUUCGCAAUGCAAUGUCAGGCAAUCUGAUCUCUAGAUGCCUCCUCAAGCCGCCACGGGCUCAAGAUCUAUGUAACAUGUACACUUUUGCACAGCUCCUGCGGACUGCCUGCCUUGCUUCCCUGGCCUCGUCUGGAACUGGUUCGGGAGCCGGAGGUGCAGAGAGUAAAAGCUGCAGCGUGGAAGAUGCGGAUGCAUACCUGCAGCUUCUGCAGCUGGACUUGGCGCUGCGAUCCCGUAGCUCAGACGUCGAAUCAUUCUUGUGGCUAACCGAUGCCCACGUCGACCCGUACUACCUGAGCCCUGACCGCCAGUGCUUCAAGAUGCCAUUGUCGCGACUUACGCACUUUCCUUUUGGCAUGAUAGGCUGUGACCCUCCUCCUCAUCUACUUUACUCCGUUCUUGAAGGCGCGGCUGCCUGGCUUAAGUCAGGAGGAAAUUCAAGCUUCGUCCUGUUCACUGGAGACUUUGUUAGACACCACUUGCUGCGGAUGCAAAACUCGGGGGCCAAUGCAUCGGACAUCGUGAAGAAUGUGUCCGUGCUGACGAGAAACUACUUUGCAGAUAUUCCGGCAGUGUUUGGAGCUUUGGGAAACUCUGACAGUCACUGCGACUACUGCCAAGAGAUAACUACAGACAGGCCUGUCAACCCGUGGUUUUGGACUCUUGGCAAUGCCAUCAAUCAAGCUGGAUGCAUGACGAAUAAGACGCUGGAAGCUUACAAGUACGGCGGCUACUUCGAACUAGCGGUAGGUGGUCUGACAAUCCUCAGCAUCUCCACUGUGAUAUAUUCUGUUUUCCAUGUUCCUGCCGGUCCCUUGGAGGACGAUCCCUUCAGUCAGUUCGCUUGGCUCAAAGAGAGGCUGGGCGAGGCUGUUCAGCAACAACGACGUGUCUGGAUUGUGGGGCACAUCCCACCGGGCAUUGAGACCUUUGGCUUCACUGAGUUAUGGCGGCCUGUGUACGUGGCCAAGUACCUUGAGAUCGUUCAGGAUCCCGUGCUGGGACCGGCCAUUGCUGCUCAACUGUUUGGACACCUCCACAAAGAUGAGUUUCGAGUUCUGCCAAACCCUCCGCCUGGUGCUGGGCCCAUCAUCUUGUCAGCUUCAAUCAGCCCCGUCUACUACAACAACCCUUCAUUCAAAAUUGUACAGUACAACCGCACCUCAGGCAAGCUUGUGAACUUCAAGAUGGUCUAUUCCGAGAUAACCGCGGAUGGUAAGCCCUUGCAGUGGGGAUUUGGGUAUGACUUGCUGCAGACCUACCCUGAGUUUCAGGGCAGUGGACUUAGCAUGGACGCAGUCAUGAACCUCACAGACGAAUUCAGCACAGGGCUAGAGAGCUGGAAGCAGUACGCAAGGUGGUAUGCCGCGAGCUACCCGAAUGAGCUCCAGCACUACACUGCACUGAAGACAGAUUCUGAAGCGAACGCCACAUGGAAGUCCAAGCAACGCCGGCAGUACACAUGUGCCAUGGUCAUAAGAACCGCGGCAGAGUAUCAGGACUGCUUGGGUGUGCCAGCACUUGCUGGAUCCAUGACUUCGAUGUCGAUGGCUUCGAUGGCUUCAAGAGAUGAGAUUGAGCGGCUGCUCCUGGGCAAGCUUCUUAGCUGGGCCUCUGUGUCAACCCUUUCCACCGCCAACGUGGUGCUGAAACUCGCUGCGCGCGAGGACUGGGGAAAGCUGCUGGCCUUGUUCGGAGACUUGGUGGAGUGGAGCCUGCGUGCCGGCAAGCCGCUGGAGUCUGUCUUUUCUGAUUUCGCUUGA